AUGCCGGCAAGCAUUGUCCUUGGGGCGCAGUGGGGGGAUGAGGGCAAGGGCAAACUCGUCGAUAUUCUGGCCACGGCGCCGAAUGUCGCUUUAGUCGCAAGGGCGCAGGGCGGCGACAAUGCGGGCCAUACCAUCUCCCACAACGGUGAAUCCUAUCACUUUCACCUCCUUCCUUCCGGCCUUAUGAACCCUCGCGCGAACAACUUGAUCGGGAGCGGCGUUGUUGUCCAUGUUCCAAGUUUCUUCGAAGAAUUGUUGGAUCUGGAGAAGAAGGGCCUCGAGAAUGUACGGGAGCGCAUCUUCAUUUCGGACAGGUGCCAUGUCGUUUUCGAUCUUCAUAUGAGGGUGGAUAGCUUGGAGGAAAGGGAACUCGGUGGUAGCAGCAUUGGGACCACUAAACGGGGCAUUGGACCAUGUUACUCUACGAAAGCGGCGAGAUCUGGUGUACGCAUUGGCGACAUCUUCUCGAAGGAGCUCUUCGAUCGCAAGCUUCGGGAGUUAGCACGCGGGUAUAAGCUUCGAUUUGGCGCCUUGCUGGAGGACUACGAUGUUGAAUCGGAGAUUGCAAAGUUCGACAAAUUACGUGGUGAACUUGCGCCAUACGUGGUUGAUGCUGUUCCUUUGAUGUCAUCAGCUCAACAGAGUGACAUAGAGAUGGUCAUUGAGGGCGCGAAUGCAUUGCUUUUGGAUCUGGACUAUGGCACCUUCCCUUAUGUCACGAGUUCCAAUACCGGCCUUGGAGGUAUUUUUACGGGCCUUGCUCUGAACCCCAAGAGUAUCUCUAGUAUCAUUGGGGUCGUGAAGGCCUACACAACCCGCGUCGGCGGCGGCCCAUUCCCAACAGAAGAUGUUGGCGAGGUUGGCACCAAGCUUCAAGAAAUUGGCAGGGAAUUUGGUGUGACCACGGGAAGAAGACGCCGUUGUGGUUGGCUUGAUUUGGUCGUACUCAAAUACUCGACGGCCAUCAACCACUACACCGCGUUAAACCUCACAAAGCUUGACGUCCUCGAUACCUUCGAGACAAUCAAGAUCGCUACCGCGUAUAUCGAUCCAGAGACAGGCGAGGAGCUUCAGAGCUUCCCGGCAGAUCUCGAUCUGCUAAGCAGGGUCAAGGUCGUUUAUCAUGAAAUGCCUGGUUGGAACAAGCCGAUAACCGGGGCGAAGAGCUUCUAUGAUCUGCCUAGAGCAGCGAGGGACUAUGUUGAAUUCAUCGAGAAAUCCUUGGGUGUGCGUGUUAAAUACAUCGGGACUGGACCAGCAAGAGAGGCUAUGAUCACGAGAUAG